CGUUCCUCUGGAAACUUAAAUUAGCUUUUGGAAAAAAUGGACAAGAAGUUGUUAUAGGACUUUUGUUAUACUUGAUUCCACCAUCAAUGCCUUUUUGUCAACGUUUUAUGCGCUCAUUUAAUGCUUUAAUUACCAAUAAUUGACUAUGGAGUGAUUGUCUCCCAACUCAGAGUCAAGUAUUUGUGAUCAUUUAUUUGCUGAUGUUUAUUUUCUAGAGGAUCCCACAUAAUCUAAGACUUUUAAUUUUGUAGAAAUAUUUGUAUUCUUAUUCAAUAGCCUAGUUAUAUCUCACCGUAUACAUUCAUCAAGCUAUAUUUGGACCUCACUAUAUAUAUAUCCAAAAAAACUUACCUUUGGUCAGAUUAAAUUUUUACAACCCGUCGUUGGUGGAUAGAAGAUGCCUUUGACCCGGUGCGACAAGAAGUUCAGUUUGACUCAAGGUGCUGAUUUAGCAACAAUCUUUAAGAUCUGAAUAGUGAAUAAUUCUCUGUGUGUAACCAAGAAUUAAGGCAUGGAUGUGGCGCAUUGCUACCUGGAAGGCAACGCCGAUGCGGUGGAGUUUUGCCCACACGACUCCUACCACCAUGUUUUAGCGGCUUCAACGUAUACGCUGCAAGAGGGUGAUCAGCCUAGUAGAUCAGGAAGCGUUUCACUGUUCAAUGUUGAUGCUGAGUUCGGGCGUCUUGAAUUGGGUCAUCGCGUGGACACGGCUGGGAUUUUUGAUAUAAAGUGGAGCCCAGCUGGAAGCACUGUUGUUCCUUCGUUAGCUCAAGCUGAUGCUGAUGGGUACUUGAGACUCUAUGGUUUGGAAAGCGGUUCAAGGGGAGCCGAAGCUCUGGGGGGUUCUUUGACAGAAAUCAAUGCUGAAAAAAUAAGUUCUUCCAUGUGCCUUUUCCUGGACUGGAAUCCCUCGGCAACAUGCAUCUCUGUGGGCCUCUCAGAUGGUUCUAUCUCAAUAAUUUCCCUGAGAGAGUCCCAAUUAGAUAUAUGUCAAGAAUGGAAAGCACAUGAAUUUGAGCUUUGGUCAACUUCCUUUGAUAUCCAUCAGCCACAACUGGUGUACACAGGCUCUGAUGACUGUAAAUUCAGCUGUUGGGAUUUGCGGGAUAGUCCUUCAAAGUUGGCAUUUCAGAAUUCCAAGGUCCAUAAGAUGGGUGUUUGUUGCAUUGCAAAGAGCCCCAGUGACCCUAAUUUAGUUCUCACUGGCAGCUAUGAUGAGCACCUGAGACUAUGGGAUGUGAGAUCAAUAAUCAAGCCUGUUAAUGAAACUUCAAUUUGUCUAGGGGGAGGAGUCUGGAGAAUCAAGCACCAUCCCUCAGUACCAGGUCUGGUCCUGGCAGCUUGUAUGCACAAUGGGUUUGCAGUUGUCAAGACCAAAGGUGAGGAACCUGAAGUUAUUGAAACUUAUAGUAAGCAUGAAUCACUUGCAUAUGGAGCAGAUUGGCAGAGAGGGGACUUGUGUCGGAAAGGCCAAAACAAUGGUGGUUCUGUGGUGGCCACAUGCUCUUUCUAUGACCGUCUUCUGCGGAUAUGGACGACAGAGAGUAAUCUUGUUGCAUGACUCUGCAUUUGAAAGCAUUUUCUUUAGCUGAGAUCGGAAAGGUCAUAUGUAUCACCUCCACUGAACCUUUCUUCGAAUUUUAUAAGGCAUGUUGUAGCCCCUUCUCAUAUCACACAGAAGAUUUCUGAUGGUGGCAUAUUAACACUAUUGAAGAUAGAAUCAUUAUCUAAGCCAGUGCUCUAAGAAAAAUUCUUGGGUACUUUCAUUACUGGAGUGGGGAAAGGGCCCAGACCUCACCUAACUCUGUAAAUGCUGGUGUCAGCUCUACUCUUUCUUAUUCUUACAAUGUUUCUCUGUUUGAAUGCAUUAAUCUUGCACUUUGUCUUCUCCAUUGUUCUAUUCAAAGAUGAUCAAGUUUGGUCGUUGGGGGGUGCACAUGAAUGUUGGGAUUGAUGUUAAUUCAGCAGUCUGGUCCUUACGAGAUGUACCAUCUUGAAAAGGACGGAACCGAGACCAAAAGAAAAGAGAGAGAGUUUGAAUUCAGCGAUUUGAGUGAAGAUGAUAAUGUUUUUGAGGCUAUGGAUUGAGGACCAUCACCCCACAACUAACCCUGCAGCUGUCACCAGUCUGAUUCAGAUAUUCACCUCUUGUUUCUACUCUUUCUUGUAGUCCUCGUGGGGACUAAAAACACCAGAGGACAGCAACACUCUUCUUGUUCAUUGAAUUCCUCCUGGAGGAAUGAUCUCCCAUGGAAACUGUGCCCCCCCACCUUUAUAGGGAUGGCCUAUAACCUCCAUAACCAUGCCCAUAAGAGUGUCCACUUCUGGUAAAUGAUUAACCCAACCAUCCUGUAACUUCUUAGUUUUUUUAAUUUUAUUUAUUUAUUAUUACC